CUAUUUGUGGAUUCUGGAUCUCGUCUCGUCGAUGUACCAUAAACAAAAAUGUCAGCGAUCCCGAUUUUUUGUUUCUUGUUGCAUACCCAUCGUUAUACCUUAAUUAGAUCACACGAAUGAUAUAAAUUAUUGUUAGACGCUUUCUCCGACGGUAUCGUCUCAUCCAAACGGCGUGUCUUUGGCAAUAAAUCGGCCAUAAUAAGCGUGCGUUUGGUGUGCUUCGCGCCCGUCUACACCCGACCUAUCUCAUUGUUUAUGUAUGGAGAGUAAACCAGGAUUUUUAUGGUGUUUGAGACCUAUUCUGGUAUUAGUUGAAUAUCUGGGAACGUUCAGGAUCUGGCAGCGGCCGGUCGAGCGCGGGUUCGCAAGGCGCCGCUAGCGUCUUCGGACCAAGUCAAGUUGGCGAAGGCACGUAGGGGCAUGAUCAAGGAGAAGGAGAAGGGCGGGGGCGCCCGCAUAAAGGACGAGCCCAACGAUCCAACAGAACCUGGUCAUGGUUCACGUCCGCCGAGCGCGUCGCUGCCGACGCCGGCGGCGCUGAAGAAGGAACCAGAGGAGGCCCACCGGGUGAAGUUGGAGCCCCAUACGCAGUCCGAGGACGCCAACCCGGAGCUCGGCGUCGACGGCAUCAAGACAGAAAUCGACGGCCUCAUGGAUAGCGACGGUGACCCCACGAAAUCCCCAUCUUGCGAAAUGGGUGGACCCGGUUCAUUGAAAUCGGAGCGUCUCUCGUCCGAUUCUAACGAUAUAUUGGACCCACAGACCGGCCUAAGAGGUUCAACUGGGAACCUGCAGGUAAAAAAAGAUGGCAACCAGAAUUGCCGCAACCCAAACAAUGAGAACCUAGGCUCGUGCCGUCUGGGCGGAGGGCCUAUGGGCGGCGUGUCCAUGGGGCCCAUGUCCAGCGAGGCCCAGACCCUGCCCGCUAACGUCAUCAGUAAACAGGCCGGCAGUAUGGAGCAAAGCCAGAUCUUCGUGUUCUCAACUCUGCUUGCCAAUAAAAGCGCGGAGGCGGUGAUAUCUGGUCAGCAUCACUCCAUCAUCGCUUAUCACUGUGCUCAGCCCAACACAAAGAAAUAUCUGGAGAAACAUCCACUCAAAAUAGGCCAAUUUAACAAGCAAAGUCCUGCACAAUGGUUAAACAAUCUUGCUAUGGCGAAGAAUAGAAGUGGUAUGCGAGGUGGUCCCAACAUGAUGGGAGGUCCCAACCAAAUGGGCCACAUGAUGGGCGGACCCAUGGGUCCCAACAUGGGGCCUAUGGGUCACGGCGGCAUGGGACACAUGGGACCAAACAUGAUGGGCCCCAAUCGCAUGGUAGGACCCGGAAACCAAAUGAUGAUGAUGAAAGGUGGCCCAGGACAGAUGGGACAAAUGGGUCCUGGGAUGGGUCCCAUGGAUGGGUUUCCAGGGGGCACCCCGUCCUGUGGUGUCAUGGACGGCCUCGGUGCUGAUGGUGAAAUGCCAUGGGACACCAAAAACUCCUCAGUAAUGUCGAACGGCAUGUCCAACGGGCCGCCGCUGCCGAUGCCGCCGUGCUCGGAGGCGGGAGAAGCACCGCCGCAGAACGACUCCUCAGACUCGCAGUGCCAACCGGGACCUAAAGCGGGUGUAAAGAUCCCCGACGAGAACCUGACCCCGCAGCAGCGAGCACACCGCGAGGAGCAGCUGGCGACAAUCCGCAAGAUGCAGCAGAUGCUGUUCCCCGAGAGCGGCGGCGGCGCGAACCCAGGGUCCGGCGAUGGCUCACAGCAGCCCAACGACAUCAAUCCGCCCAACUCCACCGCCAACAUCAACAUGCCCUACCCGCCCAUGUCACAAAUGGGACCUAACGGACCCAUGGUCUCCGGACCCAACGGGCCCAUGGUAUCCAUGUCUAACAGCAUGAACUCUGGACCUAGUUGUACUAUGUCGGGACCUAUGGGCCCAAACGGACCUAUGGGCCCGGGGCCGAUGGGACCCGGUGGUCCGAUGGGUCCGAACGGUCCUAUGGGAGGACCGAUGGGGGGAAUGGGUGGACCGGGCGGGAUGGGUAUGGGUGGACACGGCUCUAUGGGACCUAACGGUAUGAUGGGGCCGAAUGGACCCAUGAUGACGGGUAUGGGCCCUAACGGCCCCAUGGGCCCUAUGGGGCCUUGUGGGAUGAAAGGAAUUCGAGGUGCUUGUGGUGGACCCGACAUGAAAUCGGGAAUGUGUACAGAUAUGCAUAUGGGUAGAGGUUGCGGAGGUCCAAUGGGACGUAUGCCAAACCCAAUGGGCGGCAUGGGAGGGCCUAAACCCUGUAUGAUGGGUGGACCUCACAUGGGACCUCGGAUGAUGCCUGGACCUAAUAUGAAUGCAAUGAAUGGAGGUAUAAUGAUGGACGGCAGCAUGCUGGGCGGCAUGGUACACGACUGCGGCCCAGACCACCACAUGCCCGUCAACGGGCCCAUGUGUGACGAGUACGGACGUGGACGUAAUAUGGGUCCCGGAGACCCCGGUGGGCUGGGCCCGGGGCACAAGGGCGGGCUGCGGAGCCCCAAGAGCCCCUCGGCCGGCGCUGACAUCGACUGGCAGAAGUUACACCAUCAGUUCUUUGAUGACCCCAAAUCUAUGGAUACGGAACUCAGUACACAAGUGAAAUCGCCAUGUUCAGAAAGAGGAGGUUGUUUACCUCCCCCUCCUUAUGGUGCGUCCCCACUUCAUCGGUCGGCUUCGGUACCUAUUGCGACAGCGUCACCAUCACACGGCUCUGUACAAAUGCCGAUGUCGGCGGAGGCGUCGCGCGCCGGCUCCGGUCUCAACAGCCCCGCGCACUGCAAGCCCGGACACAAACAGGACGCGCCAGAGUUACUGGAGAAACUGGACGCGGGCGUGUUUGUGCGGUCGCUGCAAUGUCUGGCGGAGAGACAGCAGAAGCACGCGCAAUGCAAGGAGCCCAGCCUGAUGCCCGUGCCCUCCCCGCAACAAAUAUCCUAUCUCAACCAAUUCGAAGGUCAAGAGCUAACGAUACAAAAACAACCAAACACAUCGCUCAAGGACAACGGUCCACCCUCAAACAGCGGCGGUCAAACGCCACAGUCCAGUUCAAAUCAGAAAUCACCAGCAGGCAUGAUGCCGGGUACUCCGGAGCCCCACUCGUCGUUGUCUGAGCAGCGCUCGGGACGCUUCUCUCUCGAGCAGAGUCCCAGCUUCAACAACCCGCAGACACCCACCUCCGCUGCCAAUACAAAGUGCGGAGGUGAGUAUCAUGAGAAAUCACGACCUAGUCCAUCAUCGAACCGGUCGAGUCAAGACAACGCGUCAAAGACCCCGCAGCGCGAGUCGUCUGGUCUGAACCAGGGACCUUACGCGCCCGCCUCCUCCGCCUCGUGCGUCGGCAGCGCCAAGAGCAGCUGCAGCGUCACCACCGCACCCAGCGGCAACAUGGACGACACCAUGGCAGGCAGCAAUGAGACGACAUUAUCAGGGGGUCCAAACAGCACGAGUUUACCUGGUCCGUUUCCCGGCCCGUGCAGCAUGAACAGGCCCGACAAUAUCCCCAUCAAUCCUAACCAAGGCCCGAACGGCCCCAUGGGUACCUCUACGUCUUCCUUCGACCCGAUAUCGUCACUGGCCCAGAUGUCGCAACAGCUCACCAACACUGUGGGCGGCGGCGGGCCCGGCCCGACUGGACCCAUGGGGCCUAACGGCAGCGGAAUGGGACCCUUCGGCUCGGGCCCGCACCACAUGCAGCACCAUCACUCGAUGCAUCCACACGGACAUCCUCAUAUGAUGAUGAAUGAUUUAGGUUGCCACAUGGACAAUAUGGGAGGUCCCGGCCUCGGCGGGCCUAUGGAAGGAAUGAUGGGCGGCGGCGACUUCCCUCCCGAUAUGAACUUAAGUCCAAAAAUGGGAGGAGGUCCCAUGGGUGGCCCGAUGGGCCCCAUGGGUCCCGACGCAUCCAUGCUCGGGCCGAGAAUGGGAGGCACGGGUAAAAUGCCACCGUUUAAUGGAGCAAACGUGCAAGUGAAAGCGAGUGCGCCCAACACGAUACAAUAUCUGCCGACGAGGCCGCAGAUGCCGUGCAAUACGGGCCCGCGAGGACCCCCCAGCUUGGACUUCCUGCAGCGAGUGACGAACCCGAUGCAGAUGGAGAACAAUAAAGGAGUGCAGUACUUCCCCGGGGCGAGGGGCAUGGACAUGGAGGCGGGCAUGCGGGGCGUGAUGCGGCCGCCCGGCGGUAUGCUCAGGAUGCCCCACUACCCCGCCGGGUUCAACUCGCCCCCCAAGAUGGCGGGCGAUCCCUUCGGCGGCGGACCCAAUCCCAUGUGCGGGCCCAACUUCCGGGGAGUGAAAGGGGGAAUGCCGGGGAACGUCCGCAUGGGAUCGGGACAGCCGCUGCCGCCGUCGAUGGGGGGCCCGGGCGGCGGGUUCAAGGGGCAGGGCUUCGCGGUGCCCUCGACGGCGGACCCCAACUACGCGGCGCAGUUCCACAACUUCCAGCAGCAGCUGUACGCGACGGGCAGCCGCGCCGCGCAGCCGCACCAGGGCUACCCGCCCUACCAGCCGUCCAAGUGAUGACUGCCGCUCGGGCGGUGUGGACACGGAGUGAAGGUGCCGGCGCUGUAGCCGCGCCCUGUGAUACGGACACCCCCAUAACGGAUCUAUUAACGGCCUGCUAAGUUUUUGUAUUCAUUAACCUUUGUACUUAAUUCUCUACACCAGUGAUGAUCAAAUUUUGUUAGUGAUUUUUUUAUUUUGUCAGUACUUUGUGAUUUUUUUUUUACCUUCGAGAAUUUUGUAAUUAAAUGCGGCUAUUGGAAAGUAUGGCAGGUAUUAAUUGCACGGGAAUGAAAUUGUGGCUUGAACGAGUAUGUGAUCAAAUUUUGAAAUUUAUGCUUCGCUGAUUUGAAUGAGUGAAGAAAUAUGAACAAAGUGUAUGAAAAUGAUUGCACAAUCAAGAGCCCUUGUAUAAUGUUAUCUUUGGAUUGUUGUGAGUUAUAAAAGGGCUAUGUUAAGAGCCAUUGAGCAUGAUGUGCACAUAAAUGCAAGGGAAUAGUCAGAUCAUGCAAAAUGAAAGUCCAUAACCUCUGCCUACACCUUUUGGCGACAGGCAUGAGUUCUAUUUAUACAUUUUUUUUAAAUGUCAAGAUUCGGAUAUACAUUUUAUUAGGAUAUUCACUUUAGAUCAUUUUACUAAUUUUCUUGACUGACUAUGGUUUUUUAUAGGAAAUAUAAAUGCGUUUGUACAAAUUGUACAAAUAAUAUUUCUUU